AGAAAACAAACUUCUGGACCUUUUCAGGUCCAGUGUCAUUAUCAACAACGUUGUAACUGGUCUCGUUGCUCGUCGUCUGUUGGUAGCAUCUUUACCAAUCAGAACAGCACCAUCAGAGUGGUACCUUCCAAGGAAAAAAAAAAUCAGAGAUGGAACGUGGAGAAUUUCGGGGUGCAAAAGCUUGUGGUAAAGGGUUUCGGAUAAGCUUACUGCUCUUCUUGUGCAUGAUCACAACACAAGUGAAGGGAUCGAUUCAUGAGUACAGAAACGAAGCUUUUACUACGAAGUCCAAUGCCUUCUUUUUUCAUGGUGGUAGCGAAGGUAUUUAUGCUUCUAAAGCUUCUCGUCAUCCUGAUUCCUCUGCUCUCUCCCAAUCAGGAAAAUCCUUCAUCAGGUUUGAAGGGGUGACGUUUAGGAGGACGAAAGAGUCAGCUAGUCGGCAAGAGGUUAUGCAGACGAGUACUGGAGUUGUUGAAGCAAUCAUACUUGAUGUGAAAGAUAGGGAGAGGAUCGGAGGGGAGUUUUUGAAGACUAGUGCUAUAUGUUGUAAUCAUACUCUUGCGGAGACGGGUUCUUGCAAGUUAGGGGAGGUGAUUUUCAAGAAAAAUUUGGAUAAUCCUAACUGGCCGCGUGUUAUUAAGACGGACUUUGCAGGAACAAUUGAUGAAGCCAAAUUGGAAGCUGAUGAAAUCGAGAUAAACAGUAAUGGAAUGUAUUACCUUUAUUUUAUGUUUUGUAAUCCGGAAUUGAAGGGGACAGUGAUCAACGGGAGGACUGUGUGGAAGAACCCAAAUGGUUAUUUGCCCGGAAAGAUGACUCCUUUGAUGACAUUCUUUGGAAUUAUGUCUUUAGCCUAUCUUGUGCUAGGACUAGCAUGGUUCGUAAGGUUUGUUCAAUUUUGGAAGGAUAUUAUACACUUGCAUUACCACAUUACGGCUGUUAUUGCUCUUGGAAUGUGCGAGAUGGCUGUUUGGUAUUUUGAAUAUGCCAAUUUUAAUUCGACUGGAUUGAGACCAAUGGGUAUCACGUUGUGGGCUGUCACCUUUACCACUGUGAAGAAGACUCUAUCCCGCCUUCUUCUUUUGGUUGUCUCAAUGGGUUUUGGUGUGGUUAGGCCAACCCUUGGUGGCAUAACAUCAAAAGUGCUUCUUCUUGGUUUGGUAUAUUUUAUUGCUUCUGAGGCGCUUGAGCUCAUUGAACAUCUGGGAAACAUCAAUGACUUUUCCAAGAAAACAAAGGUGUUUGUGGUGCUUCCAGUUGUUUUCCUGGAUUCCUGCUUUAUUCUCUGGAUUUUCUCAUCGCUGUCAAAAACUUUAGAGAAGCUUCAGAUGAGGAGAAACAUGGCUAAGUUAGAACUGUACCGGAAGUUUACCAAUGCCCUUGCAGUGUCUGUACUUCUCUCCAUUGCCUGGAUUGGUUUUGAGCUAUACUUCAAUGCUACUGAUCCACUAAGUGAGCUGUGGCAAGUUGCUUGGAUCAUCCCUGCUUUCUGGACUUUGCUAGCAUACUCACUCUUGGUGGUGAUAUGUGUGCUCUGGGCUCCUUCACGUAACCCAACAAGAUAUGCAUAUUCAGAGGGGGAGGACUUUGACGAGGAGGGUAUAUCAUUGACAACCGGUGAUAUUGCUAAUAAGCUGGAAAGGAAUGCACUUGUUGAAGAUCUUGAGGAGGAUAAGCGAGAAUAGAUGAGCAUUACCCCACAAAGGAGAAUCAGAUCGGCACUCAAGUUGCAUAUCCAGGAAUUUGUCUGAGUCUUUAUAUGCAAUUUGUGUUGAUGUACAAAGCACCGGUGCAUGAAAUACAGAGAUAGAAGAGUUCGACAUGAGUUAGAUUUUAGGCAAUGAAACGAAGACAAAUCGAGAUGCUCGGGUUCUUGUAUUAUUUGUUAUCUGCAUUGAAUUAUAACUGCUUUGAGAAAUCCCCAUAUUGUGCCCAAAUCAUCCUCGAAGCACGAAAUCUCUUAUCCCUAACCCUGGCUCUCAGAGAAGAUACAUUCAGUACCAAUUAUUAUAUUUUUUUUAAUGCAUGAAAUAGAUGAAAAUUUUAUACA